AUGGAGCUUUCCAACUCGGAGAGGAACCCAAAUGCGCCACUGCGGUUGCUCUCGCUCGAUGGAGGAGGUGUGCGCGGAUUGUCGUCACUACUUGUCCUCGAGACACUGAUGGAGAACAUUGCUUUGGAAGAGAAGAGACUUGGAAGGCGGGCAAUGAACAAUCAUGAGCCACUCAAGCCAUGUGAUUACUUCGACCUCAUUGGCGGCACAUCGACCGGAGGAAUCAUAGCUAUUAUGCUUUCACGGUUACGGCUCGACUGCAAGCAGUGUAUAGCCGUUUACAGCAAGCUGGCUGAGCAGAUUUUCAAGCACGACCGAUCUCUCAAGUUAUUCGGUAUGAAAGUGCCCACAGGAGCCAGCCGAUUUUCCGGUGCCGUACUAGCAAACGCUAUCAAGACCGCGCUCAAAGACUUGGGCUUUGACCCUGACGAGCUCAUGUGGGACGAGGCGCUAUUCGAAGAGGUGGAGGAGGCAAAUGAACUACCUAGGGACAGCAUCUGGGCAGAUGCCGCGCCCGACUUGGUACUCACUGAAAGUCCACUGGCGACUAUGAAAAAUUCAUUGGCUUCAUUGGAAUCGGGGCCACCGCUCAGUACUACAAGCACCACAAGGCCUUCAUCUACACUCUACAGUUCAAGUCCGUUCACUCCAAAAGCCCCAACGCGAAGCCCUACAUGGAAGCUUCACAAGCGGCAAUCAGUCCACCGGAAAGCAAAUGCAAAGGGCUGCCGCGGCUUUGUGCUCACCUCACUCAAGAACGCACUAGGGCUUCCAAGGAUCCUCUCUACGUAUGAUCCAAACGACCGAACCACUCGCAUCUGGGAAGCUUUACGGGCGACAUCGGCAGCACCGACAUUUUUCGAAGAAAUGCAGUUUGGCACACCAAAAGUCACAUACCUCGAUGGUGGCGUGGGCUUCAACAAUCCCUGUGCAGAAGUCGACUACGCAGCCAAAGCACUAUGGGAGAACCGGUCUAUUGGCGUCAUAGUCUCAGUCGGAACGGGUCUCCAGAGUAUUCCCAGCGUCAAGAAGAUGGCCUCGUGGCUCCCCUUUGGUCUUGGAACCGACAUCUCAAUCGCCAGCGCACUCACCGGCAUGGCGACUAGCACAGCUCGCGUCGACAACGAAAUGAAGCGCAUGUACAGCAACUCCGACACAAAGUACUUCCGCUUCGACGUAGACCGUGGCCUCGCCGACGUCAGCCUGGAGCAAUGGAUGAAGGAAGACGAAAUGGCCAGCCUUACGGAACUCUACAUGAACGACGGCCAACAAAUCCGCGCCGCCCGCGACUUUGGCGAGCGCAUGGCCAAACUCUCCGCUCUCCCCCCAAAAUUCGAAAUCAGCGCCACCCAAUUCGCCGUCGGCAUGUCUGGCACCCGCAAACUCGACGACUCGUUCAAACUCGUCCACGUAGACUUCAAAAGCGGAAUGCCCAUCGGCACCGGCCUCGACACCCUAUCCCUCAGUCCCUCUAACCGCAGCACUUCCCCCACAGGUGAAGGCGGCCUCGCCCUCGACGACAACGGCCGCCUCCGCAAAAUCUACCCUGUAGCCGCAGACCUGGACCACGACGGCCGUCGCGAAGAAGCAGCCGUAUACCAGUGCCUCCACGCCGACAACAUCUGUCUCCGCAGCAUCAAAACCGGCAUUCCCCAAGGCAAAUACAAAGUCUCCUUCCUCGUCUCUUUCCACUCCUCCGACCACACACCCCCGCGCGACGUCAUCUUCAGCGUCGGCAAACCAUACGACGCAGAGAAUUUCGCCACGCGCUUUGUCGACGUCAAAAUUACUCCAGAUGUCGCGGCUGUGUUGCUCCAGCCUGAUGCUAUUCGUGUGCGUGUCGGUAGUCGCCGGUAUGAGGAGUACAAGGGAAAGGGCUGGGUGGAGAUUCAGGGGGAUAUAGAAAUUAAUGUGGGCUUGGAUGGCGCGUUGGGGUUCUUGGUUAGUAAGAGGUACAAGAAGGAUGUUUUUGUUGAUGGGUGGAGUUUUGGGGGCGUGAGGUUGGAGCCCGUGUUUGGGAGUAGUGUUGUUGGGAGUCCGAGGAUUGUAUAG